UGACUUUCACAUCCAUUCAGGCAGAUCUGCAUCUGCGUUCGGCUGCAGGAGAGGGAGAUGAGGGAAGAAAGGGCAGAUCGGGCUGCGUAGGCGCGCGUGCCGCUGGAGCUGCCACAUCCUGACUGCGAGAAAUGCGCAGCCGACGUGAACGGCUUGCAGAUUCGGAAGAAGAAGAAGAAGAAGAAGAAGUGCAGGGGAGGAGGAGGAGGAGGAGGAGUGGUCGAACGCGCCCCUAGAUCGACGCAGCCAAGGCUUGGAAGAGUGUCCGAUCCCCCUGAAGUUGCGUCGAUGCGCCGCCGCCUGUGAUCGCUGCACGGGGCUGCGGACGCGCAGCUUUGCGCCAGCCGAGACGCCGAUUCCCGCCCGAGGAUUGCACAAGCCCCAAAAUGUCAUCGCAGGCGAAAGUCAAGAAGGACAAAGAGAUCAUCGCCGAGUAUGAGACCCAAGUGAAAGAGAUCCGUAACCAGCUGGUGGAGCAGUUCCGAUGUCUGGAGCAGCAGUCCGAGUCCCGGCUGCAGCUGCUGCAAGACCUGCAGGAGUUCCUGCGUCGCAAGGCCGAGCUGCAGCUGGAGUAUUCCAAGGGCCUGGACAAGCUCGCCGAGCGCUACUCGGCCAAGAUCCGCACCUCCAGAGAACACCAGCACUUCAAGAAAGAUCAGAAUCUCCUCUCCACUGUGAACUGCUGGUAUUUGGUCUUGGACCAGACCCGGCGAGAGAGCAGAGACCACGCAACUCUCAGCGACAUCUACAACAACAACGUCAUUGUCCGCCUGGCGCAUGUUGGAGAGGAUGUCCUCAGACUGUUCAAAAAGAGUAAAGACAUCGGCGUGCAGAUGCACGAGGAGUUAGUGAAGGUCACCAAUGAACUUUACACAGUGAUGAAGACGUACCACAUGUACCAUAACGAGAGUCUGAGUGCUGAGAACAAGCUGAAGGAGGCAGAGAAACAGGAAGAGAAGCACAUCGGCAAAGGCAACGACAUCAGUGUUGGCCUCCUGCGUCAUGCUCACGAUGAGCGCCCGCAGCGGCGGAGCUCCGUGAGGAAGAUGGAAAAGCUGAAGGAGAAGAGACAAGCCAAGUACUCUGAAAACAAGCUGAAAUGCACGAAAGCCCGCAACGACUAUCUGCUCAAUCUAACUGCUACUAACGCCUUAGUGGCCAAAUACUACAUCCAUGAUGUUUCAGACAUGAUCGAUUGUUGUGACUUGGGGUACCAUGCUAGUCUGGGGCGCACCAUGAGGACCUACCUGUCUGCUGAAUAUAGUCUGGAAACCUCACGCCACGAAGGCUUAGACUUACUGGAGGGAGCGGUAGAGUCGUUGGACAUCAGAGGAGAUAAGCUGAAGUUCAUGGACACGCACAGUCAGAUGUUUUGUCCGCCAGCGCGAUUCGACUAUCAGCCCCACAUGGGGGACGAGGUGUGUCAGGUGAGUGCACAGCAGCCGGUCCAGACAGAGCUGCUGAUGCGCUACCACCAGCUGCAGUCUCGCCUCGCCACGCUGAAGAUAGAAAAUGAAGAGGUCAAGAAGACUCUUGAUGCCACCAUGCAGACCCUUCAGGAUAUGCUUACUGUGGAGGAUUUCGAUGUGUCAGACGCCUUCCAGCACAGCCAGUCCACAGAGUCGGUCAAAUCGGCCUCCUCUGACUCCUAUAUGAGCAAGGCUAACAUUGCUAAGAGGAGAGCCAAUCAGCAGGAGACGGAAGGCUUCUACUUCACUAAGUACAAGGAGUAUCUGAAUGGCAGCAACCUCAUAGUGAAACUGCAAGCUAAGCAUGACCUGCUGAAGCAGACGCUAGGAGAAGGAGAAAGAGCUGAAUACGGGACGACAAGGCCCCCCACUCUUCCCCCUAAACCCCAGCGAAUCCGGAAGCCUAGACCUCAGUCCAUUUUUAACCAUAAGCUGUUUAACGGCAAUAUGGAGGCCUUCAUCCAGGAGUCGGGACAGCCGAUACCUUUGGUGGUUGAAAGCUGCAUUCGAUACAUCAAUCUUUACGGUCUGCAGCAGCAGGGCAUCUUCCGCGUUCCAGGAUCUCAGGUCGAAGUCAACGACAUUAAGAAUGCAUUUCAAAGAGGCGAGGAUCCUCUGCUGGACGAUCAGGCGGAUCAUGACAUCAACUCUGUGGCUGGAGUUCUGAAGCUUUACUUCCGCGAGCUGGAGAACCCCAUCUUCCCUAAAGAGCGUUUCAUCGACCUGAUAUCCUCCACCAAGCUCGACUCGGGCGUCGAGAGAGCUCAUCACAUCCAGCAGAUAAUCGUGACUCUUCCGCGGCCUGUCAUCGUCGUCAUGAGAUACCUGUUCGCUUUCCUGAACCAUCUUUCCCAGUACAGCGACGAGAACAUGAUGGACCCGUACAACCUGGCUAUCUGCUUCGGCCCGACCCUGAUGCCCAUCCCGGACGAGCAGGAUCCCGUGGCCUGCCAAGCGCACGUUAACGAGGUCAUUAAGACAAUCAUCAUCCAUCAUGAGGCCAUCUUCCCGGCCCAACGAGAACUCGAAGGACCUGUUUAUGAGAAGUGCAUGGCAGGGGUGGAAGAGUACUGCGAGAGUCCUCACAGUGAGCCGGGAGCUCUGGAUGACAUUGACAACGGCACUGGACCCAACACCAGCGAUGAAGAAAUGGAGCCGAUCGAGGCCAUCGCCAAAUUUGACUAUGUGGGUCGAAGUCAGAGGGAGCUGUCGUUCAAGAAGGGAGCCUCGCUGCUGCUGUACAUGAGGGCUUCAGAGGACUGGUGGGAGGGCCGACACAACGGCGUGGACGGGCUGAUCCCACAUCAGUACAUUGUAGUGCAAGACUUGGACGAUGCGUUCUCAGACAGCAUCCAGAGGUCUGACAGUGAGAUGAGCACCGGACCGCGCCACGACGACCGAACCUCCUCCAGAAGCGAGCGCCAGUCUGCAUGCGAGCACAGAUCUGAGAACCGCUUCGGACCUGCAGUUGGACGAGUGCGAUUUCGGUCCGACGGCGCCGUGGUUCCGCGCCACAGGAAUGGAGCAGACAAUCAGAGCCCCACCAGGGCUGCAGAUCAGCCCCCCCGGGUCCUGCCCCGUCCCUGCAGCCCUCAUAAGAUGGCUGUUGGGAGGAGCCAAACAGACAGCCCCGAAAAGCGGCGCCUCACCACCUUCAGCAGCGCCGGGUCCAUCAGCCUCCCUGACAGGAAGUUUGUCGACAGCCACGUUCAGCGGUCGUCGCCAGGCAGCGUUCGGCACGCCAGUCUAGGGGACCGCAAAGCGCUGGAGGCCGAAGCGCUGGCUGAGGACAUUGAAAAAACCAUGAACACAGCUCUGCAUGAACUGCGAGAGCUGGAGAGGCAGAAUGUAGCCAAGCACGCCCCCGAUGUGGUCCUCGACACGUUGGAGCCCCUCAAGCACCCCGCUGGCGCCCAGGACGUGCCCGCCAGCCCCCUGCACACCAUGGUGAUCAGAGACCCCGACGCCGCCCAGCGCCGGAGCAGCAGCAGCUCCUCCUCCGAGACCAUGACCACCUUCAAGCCCGCGCUGUCGGCGCGCAGGCCGAGCGCGCCUCUGAGGCCCCCGCCCGUCAGACCCGUCCGCCCGGCCCCCGUCAUCGGGCAGGGCCAGGGGCCGCAUCGCUCCAGCAGCUCCAGCUCGUCCGGUCUGGGCAGCCCGGGAAUUACCCCCACGGAGAGGGUCUUCCCUAAAGCGCCGUCCCCGUCGCCGUCCACCUCCUCCUCUUCCUCGGACAAACAGGGCAACAUGUAGCUGGAGUCCAUCCAACGUCCCCUCAAACCUGCGGCAGGAUGCAGGAAACUGCAAACGCACAACAGAAAAGUGAAGUCUCAAUUCGUAUCAAGUUUUACAGAGAUGCACAAUAUGAAUUUGAUGUUUGAAUAAUCAGCAAAAAAACCAUUUAGAAUGACUCUAUUUAUGGCAUUAUUUUAAAUAAUGACGCUGGAAUCAAGACAUGCACUGGAAUAUUUAUCUGAGAGACGUUAGCAGGAGGAAACACAAACCAGUUCAAGUCCAGGGUGCAGCCGUUCAACAGGAAGUACGCUGUAAAAAGUGAAGCGUUGGAUCAAUUAACAAAAGUUCUGUUACAUUUAAAAAAUAUUAGUUUUGACUAAAUUAAAAUUUUGUGAUGUUUUACUCAACUAUAAUUCGAUAAAAGCUAAUACUUUUAAUUUGCUAAUUGAUCUGAUGGUUCACUUUUUACAGUGUAAAGCUGCACUUCCUUUCAUGACCACUAGAGGCUCCAAAGAAACGGCCGUUCAUACAAGCAGAGACCACAGCUUGAAGUGUUUUUUUUUUUUUUUUUUAGUGUACAGAAAUUCUAUGCAUUGUGGCCUAAAGCAAGUCUGAGGUGUAUAAUUGUGAAUCGUCUGCAUAUCCUGACACUCGUGGCGGCACCUGGAGCACAAAAGUAGCUUUCAGCUGGCGAGUCUGCAGCUGCUGUGAGGGCCUGCAUGGAUAUAACGUCUCAAUCAUUCGCUGAUAAAGAUUCUUACAACCCACUGUGAUGACAGAUUUAUAGAAGUCUUUAAAACAUUUAUUUCCAAAAAAGGGAUCCUCCCACUAUAGCGACGUUUGUUUUUUGUUAUUUUCCCAUCAGUCUCAGAAUGUCUCGGCUAAUGGAGCAACUCUAGUUUAAUAUAAAGUCACAAAAAAAGACACAAUUCAACGGACUAAUGCACUUACAAACAAUACAGGGAACUUUGCUGCAUUUAAACUCGUGUAUUCCUUCUAUUGAAACUGUACUAAAGCUGCAGUCUGCAGACUGUGUGGAUGUUUAGCUGAAAGUGUUGUUUACUGUCGGUGAUGUUUGUCGUCCGUCCCAUUAGGUUGACCAGUAUAUCUUUCUAAGUGUUAUCGGUACAUAUACGCAAAUGAAUCUACACAUAUUCUUAAAGGAUGCUUGUAAAUAUAACAAUGUAUGAUAGAAACAGGAAAUUAUCAUUUGUAGUGUGUAGAUUUUUGUAAUUCUUACCCUGGCACAGUAGAACAAUAAAUCGAUGAAAUGUCAAAUA